UAGAGAGGCCGGAAGUGCUGUGAGUCUGGGGACUCACUGUCCUAUCCGGCAGGGGAACUCCUUAUCCCUCUCUGGUUUUUACCCAGCGGUUCAGGGAGAGGAGGCCCCAGAGGAACCUCGGGAUGGAUGAAGAGGGAGUGCGGCAGCCCGCUGGGCCACCUACAAGAAAGAAAUUCUUCAUACCACUGGAUGAGGAUGAGGUCCCUCCUCCCAGGGCCAAGUCCUUAUUCAGAUCCACACGGAGCCAUCCCACCGUGGAGACCUCGGCCCAGGCAGCCCCUCAGAACUAUGCUGAGUAUGCCAUCUCGGGACCUGCAGGAGGGGCUGGAGCCACACAUUCCUCGGGCCCAGAAUCCCAGGCAGGAGAGACCCCCAACCAGACCCUGAAACCAGGGACAAAAUCCAACAGCAUCAUUGUGAGCCCCCGGCAGAGGGGCAACCCUGUGCUGAAGUUCGUGCGCAAUGUGCCCUGGGAAUUUGGCGACGUGAUUCCUGACUACGUGCUGGGCCAGAGCACCUGUGCCCUCUUUCUCAGCCUCCGCUACCACAACCUCCAUCCAGACUACAUCCACAGCCGGCUGCAGAGUCUCGGGAAGAACUUUGCCUUGCGUGUCCUGCUCGUCCAGGUGGAUGUGAAAGAUCCUCGGCAGGCCCUCAAGGAGCUAGCUAAGAUGUGCAUCCUGGCUGACUGCACCCUGAUCCUUGCCUGGAGCCCCGAGGAGGCCGGGCGGUACCUGGAGACCUACAAGGCCUACGAGCAGAAGCCAGCGGACCUCCUGAUGGAGAAGCUGGAGCAGGACUUCGUCUCCCGGGUGACUGAAUGUCUGACCACUGUAAAGUCAGUCAACAAAACGGACAGUCAGACCCUCCUGACUACUUUUGGGUCUCUGGAACAGCUCAUAGCUGCAUCUCGGGAAGAUCUGACUUUGUGCCCUGGCCUGGGGCCCCAGAAGGCCCGGAGGCUGUUUGAUGUCCUACACGAGCCCUUCCUGAAAGUGCCCUAAUGACCUCAGCUGCCAAGGAGGUCCUCUGUGUAAUAAUAAAGCAUUUUCCUGGUUCAGGUU